AGGAACAGCCAUGGGAUGUGGCGUCACCAAGUCCGACCAGUUCCACAAACAGUCACAGUCAAAAGCCGUCACAACCAUGAGAGCCGCUGUCCUCAUCCAGCGAUGGUACCGUCAGUACGUCGCCCGCACCGAGAUGAGGCGCAGGUACACCUGGCACAUCUUCCAGUCCAUCGAGUACUCUGGAGAACAGGCCCAGAUCAAGCUUUACAACUUUCUCGGGUACCUCAUGGACAAUUUCACCCCGUCAUGCAAUGAACGAAACUUGAUCUCGCACAUCUUCCGGGAGAACGAGGUUUGCCGGGACGCCGAGUGGGAGCGCUACUUCUGCUACCAGAACAUCGAGGUGCCCGAGAUUUACUCUGGACCCCACCUCACCUUCCCCAUGACCUUGGAGCAGGCCGUCGGGCUGGUCGAGGCCUUCCGGAACAAGAAACAGCUGCACUCGCGCUACGUCCUCCAGCUCCUCCUGGAGACGUGGAAGCUGCUCCGCAUGUUGCCAAACAUCAGCCGCAUCUCCACCUGCCACAGCAAGGAAAUCACCAUCUGCGGAGAUUUGCACGGACAACUUGAAGACCUACUUCUGAUUUUCUACAAGAACGGCAUGCCGUCCUUAGAGAAAGCCUAUGUGUUCAAUGGGGACUUUGUGGACCGAGGCAGAGACUCCAUCGAGAUCCUCCUCAUCCUCUUCUCUUUCCUGCUCGUCUACCCGAGUGAGGUCCACCUGAACAGAGGGAACCACGAGGACCACAUCGUCAACCUGAGAUACGGCUUCACUAAAGAGGUGUUGAUGAAAUACAAAAUGCACGGUAAGCGCAUCCUGAAGCUGCUGCAGAAGAUCUUCAGCUGGUUGCCGUUGGCGACAGUGAUCGACCAGAAGGUGCUGGUCCUGCACGGCGGGAUCUCGGACACCACGGACCUGGGUCUCCUCACCAGGCUGGACAGACACAACUACAUCUCCGCCCUCAGGCCUCCGAAGAGGAGGCACCACAGCUCGGCGGGGACGUCCAUCGACUCCGACAUGGAGGAGGACGUCUGGCCCGCCAACAGGAUGUUCCAGAGACGAGCCUCCCUCACCUUCCCCAAGGCCCUGGGAACCAAGGACUGCUUCCACAACCGCUCGCUGCAGGACUUCAACGAGCGCCUCAAGAACAACAUGGAGGAGCUGGAGGCCCGCAGGAGACAGCUGGUCCUCGGCUCUGCGGUCUGCACCGCCGACAAAGACAAUCUGUGCUCGUCCACUGACUCCAUCAAGAGCGACUCGGUCAAAGACGAGUGGAAGCAGGUCCUGGACUUGCUGUGGAGCGACCCGAUGCCCCAGGAGGGCUGCGUACCCAACGAGGUGCGAGGCGGAGGCUGCUACUGGGGCCCCGACGUCACCGAGGACUUCCUGAACCGACACAACCUGCAGCUCAUCAUCCGCUCCCAUGAGUGCAAACAGGAGGGCUACGAGUUCUGCCACAACCGGAAGGUCCUCACUCUGUUUUCUGCCUCCAAUUACUACGAUGUGGGAAGCAACAGGGGGGCGUAUGUGAAGCUGGGCCCAGACCUCGUGCCUUAUAUGGUUCAGUACCAGGCCAGCAGCAUGACCCGAGAGCUCACAGUGAGACAGAGUGUCGGCCGGACCGAGCGCUCGGCUCUCAAAGUCCUGCGGGAGCAGCUCUUCGCACACAAGUCCGACCUCAUCUGUGCCUUCAGAAAGUUUGACAAAGACAACACCGGCCGCGUGUCUCUGAACGACUGGGCCUCGGUGGUGGAGAGCGUGAUGCACCUGGAUCUGCCCUGGAGGAUGCUGCGCUGCCAGCUGGUCACCUGCAAGACCAGCGACGGCAUGGUCGACUACCAGGAGUGGUUCCACGAGCUCGCCAUCAACGGGCACAAAGACAUGGAUCACAUCGACCAGAGCCUGCUGGAGACGCUGUACCGCCAUCGCUCCACGCUGGAGACCAUCUUCAGGAUAGUCGACACCGACAACUCAGGCUUCAUCUCCCUGGAGGACUUCCGGCAGACCUGGAAGCUGCUGAGCGUCUACCUGAAGAUGGAGAUCACGGACGAGGCCAUCUCCGACCUGGCCAUCACCAUCGACAGCAACCACGACGGCAGCAUCGACAUCGACGAGUUCAUGGAGGCGUUCCGGCUGACGGACAGGAAGAGCCGGCUGGAGCGCGGCCGCAGCAUGUUCAUGGGCACGGCGUCGGACCUCACCAAGCUGGACGCAGACCCCAACGUUUGA